GCGUACCGAAGGCUUAAUAUACUAUACAUUGUGCUAUAUUCACACUGUCUCGAAUUGACAGUAAUGCCUAUGAGACCCGCUUCCAGUUUUCAUGAUUUUACGGCGUCAAUAACUCACAUAGGAAAUCGGCAUCGGGAGAGUGGACUUGUAGGGCUGAGCCUUACCUAUAAUUUCAGCCUUUCACGACCUCCCUCACACACCAAGCCAACCACUUUAAGAUACACUUGCAACACUGACCUGGCUCAUGAAAUCGAUUAUUUUCUGGGGUAGUAGUAGGGGAGUACGCUGUGCUUUCGUUGCCCAAAUCUCACAUGCUGUAACUAGGGCAGAUCUAGAACAUAAUUUACCUCCACCUCCUAUGAUAAGAUAAGACACGACCAAGUCAAGGCAAGUCAAUGAAUAAUUAGGAGAUUGUGUCAGAAGAGUGCCAUCCAUCAGACUGAUCACGAGGGUGCCAUCUGAAGCUCACUUGUAUCAACAAGUAAAGGGCUGCCACACUGCAAAAACUUUGACGAGCCCCUGUAAAUGCACAUUUAUGACAACGGAUUAACAGGUUGUUCACGGUAGCUGAAGUAUUCACGGCAUCAGAUGCGGUGGUGGAAUGUGGCAGCGACGGUGGUGGUGGUGAUGGUGGUGGUGCAGGAGGUAGACGCUUCCAACAUACUCAUCCUGGCGCCCAUUGGUACUCGCAGCCACAAGAUUUUUUACAUGGCCAUCGCAGAGGUGCUGGCGGCCAGGAACCACAAGGUUACGUUUGUCACGGGAUAUAAAUCCUCAAAAAACACGACCAAUAUCCGCGAGGUGUUUUUGCCGGACGGUGAGAUGUACCGUAAUGUGCCCAACAUGUUCACCUCAACACAGAACGAGUUGUUUAUUAAGUUGGCAAUGGACAUGCCCAAGAGCUGUGCUAAUGCCUUAGGUUCUGAAGCCAUACAGGGUAUUAAGGAAGAACACUAUGACUUGGUGAUGCUGAGCGUCGUCAUGACUGAAUGUCUUUACUCAUUAAUUCAUAAGUUACAGGUUCCUUAUAUACACCUGCAUCCAAUGGCUUUGACGGCAAUAAAUAGUGACGUAGCACACAGCGUCCACUUCUCCUCCAUGGUGCCAAAUGUCUUCCUUAACCUGAUUUAUCCCCUCUCCUUCACCGAGAGAAUAUACAACGCUAUUUAUGACGCCACUUUUAACUUAUUUUACCAUCUUGUACUUUUCUCUAUGAUGGAGGCAGAGUGCCGGCAGAUGAAGCUGUGCCAGGAGGACACACCCCUCUCCCAGAUAAGGCUCAAUGGUACUCUCUUUAUUAUAAACAGCGUGGAGGCCCUGGAGAUACCGAUCAGACCUUAUACUGCCACGGUGGUCCACGCUGGCGGCAUCCACUGUAGACCAGCUCAGCCGCUACCACAGGAGCUGGAGGACUGGGUUGCUGAGGCCGGUGACGCUGGCUUCAUCUUCUUCAGCCUCGGGUCUGUUGUCAAGGCGUCAACUAUGCCAGAGGAGUACAGGAGGGUGCUGGUGGAGGUGUUCGCUUCCCUGAAGCAGCGGGUACUGUGGAAGUGGGACGAGGAGACCAUGGAAGACCUACCAGCCAACGUGCGUCUGGCCAAGUGGAUCCCCCAACAGGAUAUCCUGGGAGACCCUCGCCUGCGACUGUUCAUCACUCACGGUGGGUUGUUGAGUUCCCAGGAGGCCACCUAUCAUGGUGUGCCAUUGCUCGGUAUCCCAGUGUUUGCCGACCAACAGUACAACGUUCGCCAGAUCCGGAUGGAGGGCUGGGGCCGCUUCGUGCACUGGAAGGACCUCACCUACGACACUCUCCGUCAGCCGAUUCUUGAAAUCCUCCAGGACACCAAGAUACGGGAGGUGGUAACUCGACGGCAGGCUGUGAUGAAGGACCAGCCUAUGUCACCUGGGCAGUGGAUGACCUACUGGGUGGAGUACGCCCUGAGGCACGGCGGCGCUCCUCACCUCCGUUCUCCUUUCGCCACUAUGCCUUGGUAUAAGAUGUACAACGUGGACGUGUGGUUGCUGGUGUUGGUGGUGUCCACACUGGCUGUCAUCCUCACCUUCUUCAUCCUCCGUGCCUUCCUCCACGCCUUCAUCUGCGCCUUUCCCCGCGCCGUCUACACACGCCUCUCCACGCUCACUAAAUACAAAAAGCAAUGAUGAUCUCCAUGUGAAUAAACACAAGAAUCACUGUGGAUUACUAAAGCUGAAGAAUAAGGACAACUGAAUCUGUGUAGAUGAACAACAAUAAGAAUCACUCAGUAGAUGACUAUUAAAUACCUACCUACCUACCUACAUACUGUAUACUCGUAUAUCUAUCUAAUAGUACCAGAUAUAGCAACGUAGAAUUUCAACAGGUAGAUUAAAUAUCACAUGAAGUUAUCUUACAACACUUCACAUUAUCAACAAAGCGAAGGACAAGUCACUCAGCUCCUGACAUUAAAAGGUUAUAAACACACAUACGAGAAUACCUAACAGACCAAUAAAAGAUUUUACAUGAA